AUAACGGGGCCUAUCAAAGGAUGUGCGGUCAGCUACACUCAUGGCUGUAUUGGUGCAGUCUCCGAGUGGCCAACUCUGGCGUCUUCUGCCUCGCGAACUCUGGCUUUGGAACCCGGCGGAGAGGACUAAGAAGGUCUUGCUGAGGCAGUUCUGUGCGCGGCAGGAAGAGGUGCGGCGGAUCUCGGGGAGCGCUGUCACCUGCCCGGGAAGCCGGCCCUUCAGCACGGGGCUACCGCCACCCGCGGGGUCAUCAGGGCCCGAGCCUAAGGGUCACAGAGACCCCACGCGCCCCUGGAAGCCCGGGCCUGUUUCCUGGAGGUCUUUAGCAAUCACAUUUGCUAUUGGAGGAGCUUUACUGGGUGGAAUGAAGUACUUCAAGAAGGAAAAGAUAGAAAAGCUGGAGAAGAAACGGCAUCGAAGCAUUGGGAAGCCUUUACUUGGGGGACCGUUUUCCCUUACAACCCAUAUUGGAGAGCCCAAAACUGACAAGGACUACCUGGGUCAGUGGGUAUUGAUUUAUUUUGGUUUCACUCAUUGCCCUGAUAUCUGUCCAGAAGAACUAGAAAAAAUGAUUCAAGUCGUGGAUGAAAUAGAUAGUAUUCCAAGUCUGCCAGAUUUAACUCCACUUUUCAUCACCAUUGAUCCAGAAAGGGACACAAAAGAAACCAUUGCAAAUUAUGUGAAAGAAUUUUCUCCCAAACUGAUUGGCUUGACUGGCACAAAAGAGGAGAUUGAUCAAGUGGCCAGAGCAUACAGAGUAUAUUACAGCCCUGGCCCCAAGGAUGAAGAUGAAGACUACAUAGUGGAUCAUACAAUAAUAAUGUACUUGAUUGGACCAGAUGGUGAGUUUUUAGAUUAUUUUGGCCAGAACAAGAAGAAUGCAGAAAUAGCUGGUUCGAUUGCUGCACACAUGCGGGCCCACAAGAAGGCACAUAUGAAGAAGAGCUAGCCAAAGCUGCAUUGCUGGGUAGAGUGUUCUUUCGCCAAAGAGGAAGGAAGCUUUGUCUUCCCAAGAACUAGUAUAUACAUAUGUGCAACCUAAAGAAUGGCCUUCAUACCAUGAAAACAUAUGUAUUUUACACAGCAUAUUACCUAGAGUUCAGCCAAGAUUCUUGGAACUGAAGAUUGCACCAGUCUCCCAAGUAGCCACUGUGGGUCCAGAGGACCAAGUUAAAGUAAGGCCAGUGGAGAGCCUACCUCACUGCGCCAUAGCAGGGAGAGGCUUGUGGUGCAAGUCCCCUUGGGAAUAGGGCCCUCUGAGCAACAUUGCCACCUGUCAGUGUCUUGGACCCUUUCUUAUACAGAUUGUAGAGCUGAAUUUUACAGAAAAGAAUGUAAUUUCCAUAGUGCUCUUGCUUUUCUCAUCUUGAGUUCUUUGUGGCUAAUAACUGUUAGGUCAGGCUCUCUGCUAUUCAAAGUUAAUCUUUAAACUUGAAAGCAAAAAUUUAGUGAUAACCAGCAUCACUGUCAUGUUGCAUAUCAUUCCUCCAUCAGCAGAUGCUGAUUUGACCAGUGAGGAGGAAAAAUCUACUGUUUGGAGAAAACCAUUAGUUUGAUUCCUCCAUGGGUUUUUUUGUGAUUUUUUUUUUUUUCUGACUGAAUGAUCUGCUAGAUUUUCUAUGCCAAAUGGAAAUAAGAAGAUUGAUCAUGAAAAUGCGAUGCAGAAUAUUUUUCUGCACUUACCAGAUUUUACUAUGUGUGAAAUAAAAGUGUGUUCAGAUUUGCAACUUG